AUGACGGAUGCCAUAGUUGGCACGGAUCAGACCGACGUACACUUCUGGAAGCGCGUCCUGGCGGUGUACAAUGAAUUCAAACUGCCGUGUAGCGCCGAGCUUACACACGACCAGGUCCGGAAGAAGUUCGGCAGGAUCACUACAUCCCUCAAGAGGUUCAUUGGCAUAUACGAGAACCAAAUGCGCACUGCUGAGAGUGGUCGCAGCGAAGCAGACAUAAAAACGUUGUCGAUGCAGUUGUACAAUACUGAAGGCAACCCCAAGUUCGCAUACUGGGAAGAAUUCCUCGUUCUGCGGAACUCCCCAAAAUUCAGAGCCAUCUGCGAGCAAGAGAUUGCUCCUGGGCUGAAGCAUACAAGGCGACAACUACAACAGUAG